AUGGAAUCGAAUGAUAAAGAAAAAGAUAAAUUAUGUGCCAUUUGUAUACGUGAUAACAAGGAAAGUAAGGCGGAGUCCUGGUGCCAUGACUGUGCAGAGGCUAUAUGUGCAUCCUGUAAGCAUCUCCAUCAGAUAGUUGCUCAACUUCGGAAACACAAAAUUUUAACGUUACCUCUUGAUGGGAAAGACGACCAGUUUAAUUUCCCGGAACUAGACGAACCCUGCCAUUUGCAUCAAGGCAAAUAUGUAGAAGUUUUUUGUUUGGAUCACGAAACUCUUUGCUGUAGCGUUUGCUUUGCAACGCAGCAUAGACAUUGCGAACGUGUGGAAGCUUUGGACGAAGUUUCUAAAAAUAUGCCGAAUUCAGUUGUGGAAUGGAAUAUUGACGCUCUUUCAAAACUCGCAAAGAUUAUAGAAGAAACUGCAGAACAUAAAGAAAAUGAAAUAUUGCGCAACAAUGCCAAAAAGGAAGAAAUUCUGAAAAAUGUAUCCACAGAAAUUGCAAAUAUCAAAACUAAACUUGAUGACUUACAGCAACAGUUUGAAAAAUCCUUCUUGAAGAAGCAUGAAGAUAUUGAAGAGAAACUCAAACAAUGCAUUUUGGACAUGAAGCAGUAUCUAUUAACUGUCAAAAACGGAAGAACCCUUCUUUCUGCAGUUCGAAAAAGGGACUCAAGUAAGCAAACGUUUCUGUGCUCAUUAAAGAUAUUAAGAGAUGUAGAUGAACAGUUUGAACAUUACAAAACCAGAAAUUCAGAGGAUGAAGAGUAUGAUUAUGAACAUGAUCACACAACAAUACUGAAACAGAUUUAUGAGCAUGAUAAAAUAAACGAGGUCAAGUUUCCAACAAGACCAUCAGGGAAUAUUUGGAAUUUUUCAAAGUAUUUUUCAGCCUUCCCGAUCUUUGAGAACAUGGAUAAAGACAAGACUGCAGCAAGUUUUGAGAACUUACAAAAACCGUUAUCUUUAAAAGCAGUGAAGAAAUCAGAAUUUAAACUCCCUACUCCAGCACAACAAGUAAUAUUUGUAAACAAUGAAACACUUGCGAUGAUCUCUUCGUCAAAUUCUCUGCUAUUCUACAACCCAUCCGAUGGAACUUCAAUGCCAUGUAAUCUUCCAUUGGAAAUGGCGGGAAAACCCUUGUUAAGUUCUGGACUAACCAGAGAUACUAUGUACGUCAGCUGCUUGUCCAAAAUUCAGAAGUUUAAGAUAAAAACCUUGAAAAAAUCAGUCAGUGCUAAGUGUGUCAGAGAAAUAGAUUUGAAGCAAGAUUUUUGCGUUUUUGGUGUAGAUGAGGAACAAAAUAGAAUCGUAACAGCAUCAAAAACCCAUGUGACUAUCUUUUCAUUCUCGCCUGUUUUAUCAGUUAUUAACACGAUCAUCUUCGAGAAUCCACAAAUGUGCCCUGUAAUGGCUCUGUCGAAGACCUUUGACCGACUUGCUAUUCUGGCAGGGAAAAAUGAGGUUAUUUGUUUCUCAAUCACUGGAGAGGAAAUAUUUCGAUUUCAACAGAAAGACGCAGAGAAACUUCAAUGUUUGUCAUUUGAUGCACAAAAUAAUGUAUACACAUUGUGUUGGAAAUAUCCAAGCUGCGAAAAGUUUGUUGCAGAUCAUUCUUGUUAUUAUGAUCGUUAUAAAGACGGAAAACAUGAUUAUUCUCUGUUUCCAGCAGGCGCUGUUUGUAAUUAUUGUGAAACAAAUGUCUAUGGAAAUUGCGUAAAUUGUGAAGAACCAGCCCAAGCACAUCUUCAUCUGCAAAAUAACGAAGUUCUUCAAAUUUUGCAUGACGGUAGUAGUAGUCGAUGUUUUAUAUCAGAUUGUCCCGGAGCAAUUUUAAUUUUUUUCAAUCAAGUAUAUGAUGACGUUUUCAUUGCUGAUGAAAAGAAAUGUGCUGUCUACACUGUUCAAAGCUGA